AUGCACGAUCCAAUACGCUUCUACUCUCUUCGCUCAUCACCUGCGUAUACCGCCCGUUCGCCGCAUGAACAAACGACAUUCGUGACCGUCUACACGCCCCUGUUGGUGGCCAAAAGUGUUUUGAACCCCGAAGCGCUCAAGGGAAAGCCGAAAGCCCGCCCGCUAAUGUCACUGGUUGAAGACGUCUACGCACCUCUAGACUGGAAAGUGACAUCAAGGCCAGGAGCCCCGAAAUGUUAUAUAAUGCAGACUUCCCGAUCGUUGAUCAACUGGUUUCGUCUCCAGCACCUCGUCUUCAUCGGCUGGGCUGAUCUACUAGGGGAAGAGCAGCGAAACUCAUACCGGCUGCUCUUCGACUGGUGGACAGCAGCUUCCGAUCGCCACUCGACUCCUCUCUCAUACUGCUCUCAGUUACAGUCUCUUGUUCACCAGAAUCCACGCUCCAAACGCUUUACCGACGACUACGAAGAGCUGUGGAUCUGCAUACAGAACAGUCUUUUGGAGACACUGAGCGACUUGCAGUCCAGAGAGGCAGGACAUUCCGAUUACGACAAGGCCCUGUAUCAACUCUUCAUGGCUGAAUUUGCCGACUUCCGAACAUGCAUCGAUGAGGCCCGCGAAGACUACUCUUUGCUGCGCGCUCAAAGAAUACAUGCGGCAAGAGAGGCCUAUUACCGGCAAGCCUCGUUGCAUUGUUCGCAAAUCAGCCAUGGGAGUUCUGAUAUUCGGCAUGGAUCCUUUGGUCCCAUACUUGCAGGUAGAAAUGGGACCGGAUUCACACACGAAUGUUCCUGGGCUCGUCCAGUCGAAGCGUCCGAUCCAUACUGCCCCCAGACACUUGAUUGUGGCCCUCGUAUCGCAGCCUGUCCAUGGCUUGAGGACAAGCAUGAAGAUCCCUUUGGCCUUGGAGGAUGGCCCGAGUACCUGUGGCAUCUAAACGACAGAUGCUUGGUCCGGACUCGGGACCUGGGGCCAAAGCGACCUGCCUACACCGCGAUCAGCCACACAUGGGGCAGAUGGAUGAGCGAAAACGAUGGAUACUUGAUACCAAACGGUAUGAAGUAUCGCGUCCCUCACAAUGCCAUGUUCGAUAUAAAGUCACUACCGCAAAGCCUACAGCACCUUGGUACCAAGAUCGAUACCGAUUACGCCUGGUUAGAUCUGGUCUGUAUACCACAAGGAUGCAAGGGCGAAGCGUUGGAUGAAGAACAUGACAUUCUAAAACGGCAAGAAAUAUCGCGACAAGGCUCAAUAUUCCGUAAUGCCAAGCGAGCAAUUGCUUGGUUUCACGACGUCGAUGAUUUUUCUUGCCUUGGGGGGCUCAUGGAAUUCGCUGCCUUGUCAAGGAUCGGCAUAGGCGAGACGCUCACGCGGGAGUCGCAGCAUGAACGAGAGCGGAGAAUGGCUCGAGCGCUAACAAAGAUGGAGGAUGGGUUAGCAGAGCUCUUUUCGAAGCCGGAGGAUACGCCCAAGGGGCCGGGGUUCCAGCAAUGGAGCAAGCAACAGAUGGGGCACGGGGAAGAAAUGAGCCAACCUAUCAACUUCUGGUUCACUUCCCUAUGGACACUGCAAGAACUGUGUCUAAGACCCGACAUGUGGCUUGCGACGUCGGACUGGAAGUUUCUUUGUUUGCAAGGAAACACUCGGAUCCCCUUGAAUGGGGCUCUAUGUAUCCUCCAAAAGUGGGAAACGUUGACCGGCCUCGGCGAGCUGCUGACCCUCCGACAGAUUGACAUUAUCCGGCUUGGAGACCUGCGGUACUGCAACGAAGCAAGGUCAGAGGCCAUAAUGUCAGUUGUUGGCGCCACCCGGUGGUAUGAGAGAGUUGCUGCGGGCCAGUACAAUCCAGAGUCAGACCUGAUUCUGAACAAGUACUGCAGAGCGUUCAUCAGCGAGGUAAAGCGCUUGAUUCCGACCGAGUUCUACACAGGCUACAGCAAACAUUGCCUGAUACGUGAAGACGGUCGGAUCAAGGCAAUACACCCCUUUACCUGCCUCGAUGGACACGACUAUUCAGGCCCGAGCUCGUCCGACACAAGCGGCUCUCUCAUGCCAUUUGGAAUAACGGGUCAAUGCUAUGGGAGGAAUGCAGAUCUUGAGCUAGGCAAUACACAAGCACAUAACUCGGUUUCAUCGUGGACCAUCGAUGAACUCGGCCGAGUUAUCAUAAAAAGAGCUUGUAUACUAGCCCCAAGCUGCAUUGCUAUCUCAACGGCCCGCUCCGCUCUCGACGAUGGCAGUCCGGCGAUGAUCGAACGACGACGAGGAGAACAAGAACAAACAAAUAAAAAAAAUAAGCCUUUCAACUUGGCAAACCUGCCUCACUUUCGCACAGGGGCUCGAGCAGGAGAUUCCGGGACAUAUUUUGUCGUUUUGUCAAGCCAUUUCGAAAACGCAAACUAUGCUCCUGGAUUCGGUGUACCCUUCUCCCGAGCGCGGAUCCGAGGUAUGGUGCUCCGCGCUGUGGAGCAAGAGUCUGAAGAAACGCGAGGAUCACGACGGCUGGUUUCGGAAGGAUCUUUUCAUCUGACGUUUCAGACAAGGGCCGGUACCCGAUUCGAGCUUCCGGAAGAGUGCCAAGUUGACUGGAUUGUACUAUAA